GUUUGUUGUGUGUUUAAUUGUUUAUAAUUUUAAAUUAACAUAAUAUCUGCCUUGUUAAUUGUAUUUUGUAUGGAUACAAUAAUUAAUAGUGCAAUUUCUUAAAAGUUUUUUGUUGGUACGUACAGAUUAAAAAGUUUGGAAUGUGAAGAGAAUAGAAAUAGAACGUAUUAACGAGUAAUAAAGUAGGUAAAAUAGGAUGUUCGAACCUCUUAUAAUACUAUAAUAUCAUUGUGUUCGAAGAAAACCUGUAUAAAAAUUAUUGUCUCUACCUACUAAUUUGGACAUCCGAAGUAUUCCGCAGUUCCGCACUUCUAAAAAAUGCUUAGUUUAAAUUGCUGCAGAAACUAUACCGUACUACCUACAUAAUAUUAUUAUAAUGAGUAGAUGAAAUACCGACAUUUUCAAACAAUAAAAUAAAGUAACAAGGGCAAAUAGACACAAUGAUUAAGAGUGGUGAACAAUUAAGUGCAGCACAAAAGGCACGGGCUGAGAGCAACCGCCAAAAAGCCAAAGCUCUACAAGAAGCUCGUCUUGUAAAGACCAAUAUAAAGCAAGACGCGGCGGGCAGCAAGAGCCUGGUGCUGGGCGGACAGCGGGUGCUGGACUCUGGCGGCGGGUUCCUGGUGGAGGCGGCGGACGAGGGUCGGCCGCGGCCGGUUAGGGACGCGGCGCCCGUCGUGCUCCGUGAUGAGCAGCCUCGCUGCAUGGUGUGCCACCUGCCCUUCCCGCAGUCAUAUCUGUUUGAUACCUUUGAUUACAGUGUGUGUGAUCAGUGUAGAGACGACGACGAUCGGCACUCCCUGAUGACCCGCACGGAGGCCAAGACGGAGUUCCUGCUGAAGGACUGCGACCUGGACUCGCGGCCGCCGGCGUUGCGCUGCGUGCGGCGUCGGAACCCGCACCGCGCGCGCUUCGCCGACAUGCGGCUGUACCUGCGCGCGCAGGUGGAGCGGCGCGCGCUCGACGUGUGGGGCUCGCGGGAGGCGCUCGAGGAGGAGCGCGAGGCGCGGCGCCGGCGCAGCGAGCGAGCCGGCGACACGGCCGCGCGGCGCCGCCUGCGCGCGCUGCGCAUGGACGUGCGCUCGGCGCUCUACGACCGCAGCACGCGCGCGCACGAGCACGCGCUGGGCGAGGAGACGCACGACGCCGAGCGCGACCUCUACUGCCGCGCCUGCGCCUGCGGCUACGUGCAGACCUACGAGAAGAUGUGACGAGAGCUUCCCGGACACUUCGUCGACAGCCGUCGUAGCAGGUGUGUCACGAGUGACUUGGAGCAAUCUCGCCCGGAUUUGGAUUGAUAAACAUUAUAGGCAUUUAAUAAUUGUUGCUAAUUUUUUAUUAAUUCAUGUAGGUAUUCGUGAUAUUAUUUUAAUUACAAUAAAACAUAUUACAUUAUCGCAAUAACGUAUAUAA